CUCCUCACCCCCCUCCCCUUCCCCUCGCAUCCUUGGAAGCAACAAUUAAGCAGCUCUGGGAUAAAAUACACAGCCCGCGGGAGCACGGGGGCAUUGCUUCAAGAGAUGGCAAGGCAGGCAGCUGCACCCCUCCUCCCCGGAGUCCUCCUCCUCCUCUCCAUCCUCCCGGCUACUCAGCAAGGAGGGGUCCCUGGUGCUAUCCCGGGAGGGGGAGUCCCAGGAGGAGGCUUUUUCCCAGGUGCUGGACUUGGAGGUUUGGGAGCAGGACUCGGGGCUGCAGGAAAACCUCCCAAACCAGGGGUCGGAGGACUUGGGGGACUCGGCCCCCUUGGCCUGCAGCCAGGUGCUGCGGGUCUGUUCCCCGGAGCUGCCUUCCCCGGGGGGGUGUUCCCGGGAGCCGCCUCGGCCGCGGCGCUCAAGGCUGCUGCCAAAGCUGGUGCUGGCAUUGGAGGCGUGGGUGGAAUUGGUCCUGGUGGCCUCGGGGUCUCCACAGGUGCCGUGGUACCGGGCGCGGUGCAGCCCGGCCUUGGCGCGGCAGGGAAACCCCCUAAGAUACCAGGUGCUGGGAUUCCCGGAGCUUUCCCGGGCGGCGUGCUCCCCGGCGCAGGUGUUCGCUUCCCCGGCGUGGGGGUGCUGCCCGGAGUCCCCACUGGAGCUGGAGUCAAGCCAAAAGGCCCAGGAGCUGGAGCCUUUGGAGGAAUCCCUGGACUGGGAGGUUUUGGAGGUCAGCAGCCUGGUGUCCCUCUGGGGUAUCCCAUCAAAGCUCCUAAGCUCCCAGGUGGCUAUGGACUGCCCUACACCAAUGGCCUCAGGCCCGGCGGGAUAGGAGCCGGCAUCCUGGCAGGAAAGGCAGGAUACCCCACCGGGACAGGGGUCGGAGCACAGGCGGCGGCAGCGAAGGCAGCAGCGAAACUUGGAGCCGGUGUCGUGCCCGGCGUCGGCGGCAUCCCGGGAGUCGCACCCGGUGUCGGCGUCGGCGGUGUCCCCGGAGUUGGAGUUGGAGGACCGGCAGCGGCGGCAGCAGCGGCGAAGGCAGCGGCAAAAGCAGGAGCUUUUGGUCCAGGGGCAGUGCCCGGAGUCGGAGGCGUCCCUGGCUUGGUACCCGGUGUCGCAGGCGUCCCCGGGGUGGUGCCCGGCGUCGCAGGUGUCCCCGGGGUGGCAGGGGUGCCGUCGGCGGCAGCAGCAGCAAAGGCAGCUAAGUACGGCGCCGGCGUUCCCGGUGUCGGUGUGGGCGGCGUUCCCGGCCUGGUGCCCGGAGUCGGAGGAGUCCCUGGCUUGGUACCCGGUGUCGGAGGCGUCCCCGGGGUGGUGCCCGGCGUCGCAGGUGUCCCCGGGGUGGCAGGGGUGCCGUCGGCGGCAGCAGCAGCAAAGGCAGCUAAGUACGGAGCUGGCGUCCCUGGUGUCCCAGGCGUCCCUGGCGUCCCUGGUGUCCCAGGCGUCCCUGGCGUCCCUGGUGUUCCAGGCGUCCCUGGUGUUCCAGGCGUCCCUGGUGUCCCAGGCGUCCCUGGUGUACCUGGGGUUCCUGGUGCUGUGCCCGGUGUUGGAGUGGGCGGCCCGGCAGCAGCGGCCGCAGCCAAGGCUGCAGCGAAAGCAGCGGCGAUCGGAGCAGGACGCGUGCCCGGCGUUGGCGUGCCCGGCGUUGGCGUGCCCGGUGUUCCUGGAGUGGGUGUGCCCGGCGUUGGCGUGCCUGGUGUUCCUGGAGUGGGUGUGCCCGGUCUGGUGCCCGGCGUUGGCGUUCCAGGAGGUCCGGCAGCCGCUGCCAAAGCAGCCGCCAAAGCAGCCAAGUUCGGAGCAGGUGGCCUGGUUCCCGGUGUGGGUGGCCUGGUUCCCGGUGUGGGUGGCCUGGUUCCCGGUGUGGGUGGCCUGGUUCCUGGAGUAGGUGGCUUGGUUCCUGGUGUUGGAGGUGUCCCAGGUGUUGGAGGUCCAGCAGCAGCAGCCAAAGCAGCAGCCAAGGCAGCCAAAUUUGGUGCCGGGGUUGGAGGGGUGCCAGGUGUGGUGCCCGGCAUCGGCGGAGUGCCCGGUGUUGGUGGCGUGCCCGGCUUGGUGCCAGGAGUGGGAGUUCCUGGAACUGGCAUCCUCCCCGGGGCAGGCAUCCCCCAAGUAGGGGUGCAGCCUGGUGCUAAGCCUCCCAAAUUCGGUGUUCCCGGGGUUGGAGUCCCAGGGGUUGGUGGCCUCCCAGGUGGCCUCGGAGUCGGUGGCCUCGGAGUCGGUGGGCUCGGAGCUGCUGGGAAACCUCCCAAGCCAGGGGUUGGAGUUCCCGGCUUCGGCGUGUCACCGAUAUUUCCAGGUGGGGUCGGCGGCCUGGGAUUUGGUGGGAAGCCCCCCAAGCCCUACGGAGGAGCGCUGGGUGCGCUGGGCUUUAGAGGCGCGGGCUGCGCGGCAGGGAAGUACUGCGGGAGGAAGCGGAAGUAACGCUCGCCACCGAUGACCUCAUGAACUUUGGUGCUACUGCAUGGUCCAGAAUGUAAAUCCGAAGCAAAGCUGAGACACCCCCUCCCCAAGCCCCGGACCCGCCCCCCCCCCCCCCCCAUCCGUCCCGGGGCCGUGCCCGGCCCCUCGGUCCCAGCAGGGAGCGCGGAAUAAACUGCGGGGAGCAGCCGUCCCCCUUGGUGCUAUCGCUCUCUGCGGGAUUUGGGGGGGCCUGGGCUGUCGCGCCCCUCCCCAGCCCCAGAGCUGACCCCCGGGGGGGGGGGCAGGAUGAGGGGCACCCCACAUUGGAGGGAGGGAGGGAGGGAAGGGGAUCCCGGUGGCGGGGGCUGUGCGGGGAGGGAUGGCCCCGUCAGCCUGGCCCCCACCCCGGGCCCCGCGUUUCCCCCGGUUUGGGGGGGCCGCGGGCAGGAGGGGCUCGGUCCCUUCACGUUGCUCACUUUGCUAUUACUGGGUGGGGCGCCCUACACAGAGGGACUCGCUUCUGACAGACUAAUAAAGGACAAGUUUUUAAAGGA